CACAGCUUGCUCUGCGUACCGGAGUGAAUUAUUAUGUUUCCUAAAGAUCAAGGAAUCACGACACUGCUUAUUACGAUGCUUGAUCGACACUUGCUCUUUAUCUUCGGCGUACACUGUUCAGCCCCCAGGGACUAUUAAACGACAACGAGAAACCGAAUCAAUAUCUUUCUGAACACACAAAAGGCUACGUUUAACAUUCCAGAAGUCACUGAGUCUCAGGCAACAGAGCGACUUAGUUUUCGUUUACGUUUAAGAUCAUUUGUUGAAGUUGUCAGUCACAACCGGACCGAACCGAACAUUGCGGUUGUCUCUCCUUGUGACCACACGCAGAGCUCUCUCUCACACACACUCUUUCUCUCUCACACUCCCUCUCUCUCUCUCCAUCUCUCUCUCUCUCGCUUUUUCUCGCCACAGAAAAUGCGGUGAAUGGUAUGCCACAAUACCGCCAGUAUACAGCGCAACACGCCAAGUGUGUAGAGGCACCUGGAGGCUGUCGUGAGUGGAUAUUACCGAGACUCUGCGCCGAUAUCUGCGGUCUUUUGGGAUCAGAGGGGUUCUGCUUCAUUUGAAGCAGUGGGCUACUACAGGAAACCACUAAUUAUAUCAGUUAAAAACAUGAACCAAACAGCUACAGUUUCCCACCAGAUUCCGUGCCAAUCAUCGAAGGAGAUAAAGGACUUGGGAGGUCUCAGUCCCCCCCAGAGGAACUGGAAGGGCAUUGCCAUCGCUCUGCUGGUCAUCCUGGUGGUGUGCUCCCUCAUCACCAUGUCUGUCAUCGUCCUAACACCACCGGAUACCUCGGGAGGCAGCAACUCCAAGCUAACAGUGGAGGAUCUUUUCAAGCCGGAGUUCACCGUCAAUGACCCCGAGGCAAAGUGGAUCAGCGACUCGGAGGUACUGUACAAGAACCAAGACGGACACGUCAUCAAGUACAACUUUGUGUCCAACGAGACACAGGUUCUCCUAAAAAACAACACUUUUGCUGCAUUCAAAGUGGCAAAAUAUUCCGUCUCUCCAGACAUGAGAUACGUGCUCUUUGCAUAUGAUGUGAAGCAGGUUUAUAGGUACUCCUACACCGCCAGCUACAUUAUUUACAACAUUCAUACAAGGGAGGUGUGGGAGUUAAACCCGCCGGAGGUCCACGACUCAGUGCUUCAGUUUGCUGACUGGGGGGUGCAGGACCAACAGCUGAUCUACAUUUUUGAGAAUAACAUCUAUUACCGUUCCGACGUGAGGAGCAAUUCCCUGCGGCUCACAUCUUCCGGGAAAGAGGGGGUCGUUUUCAACGGAAUUGCAGACUGGCUGUACGAGGAGGAGGUGCUGAAAACACACAAAGCCCACUGGUGGUCCCCGGACGGGGAGAUGUUGGCGUUCCUGGUCAUCAACGACACCCUGGUGCCCAACAUGGUUCUGCCCCAGUUCACCGGAAUGGCCUACCCCAAAGGAAGGCAGUACCCCUACCCAAAGGCUGGCCAGCCCAACCCAUCUGUGAGGCUGUUCGUGGUGAAUCUGUAUGGUCCCACACACACUCAAGAGCUACUGCCUCCUGACACUCUCCAACUCAGGGAUUACUACGUGGUGAUGGUGAAGUGGAUCAGCAACACACACACGGCGGUGCGGUGGCUCAACCGGGCCCAGAACAUCUCCGUUCUCACCGUCUGUGAUGCCACCAUUGGGGCCUGCAUGAAGAAAUAUGAAGAAACAUCUGAGCUUUGGCUGUCCAAACAGGAGCAGGAACCCGUCUUCACCAGGGAUGGUGGCAAGUUCUUCCUCACCGUCCCUGUCAAACAGGGUGGGCAAGGGGAGUUCCAUCACAUUGCCAUGGUUACCAAACCGCUGAGGAGUGAACCGAGCCAAGUCCAGCUCACUUCGGGAGACUGGGAGGUCACCAGAAUCCUGGCCUACGACGAAAGUGACCAGAUCCUGUACUUUCUCAGCACAGAGGGAUCACCCCAGAGAAGACAUCUGUACAGUGUUUCCACUCUGGGCCUGUCACCACCCCGCUGCCUGACAUGUGCGCUGAGUGAGGAGAGGGGUACUUACUAUGACGCAGUCAUCAGUCCUGACACUCAGCAUUCUAUCCUGACAUGCCAAGGUCCUGGAGCACCGUCUGUGAUUCUGCUGAGUUUAACUAAUCAAGACAUUUAUGCUAUCCUGGAAGACAAUACCCAACUGAAGGCCUCUCUACAGGAGAAGAAGAUCCAGCAGACAGAGUUUAAGGUCAUACCAAAAGAGAACUUUGAUCUUCCUUUGAAAAUCUCCUAUCCUGUUGACUUCUCUGAGUCUAACCUCUAUGGUGUCCUACUGGUGGUGGAUUCGACCCUCGGUGGGCAGACGGUGAAUGACAGGUUCUCGCUGGACUGGACCUCGGUGAUGGUCAGCUCCCAUGACGUGAUCGUGGUGCAGGUGGAUGGCAGGGGCUCUGGGUUCCGUGGACAGAAGGUCCUGCAGGAGAUACACCCCCAACUGGGCAACCUGGAGGUCCAGGACCAAAUUGCUGCCCUCCAGUACAUGUUGAAAUUCCCCUACAUCGACCACACACGGAUAGGGGUUUAUGGGAAGGGAUAUGGUGGCUAUACCACAAUGAUGCUUCUGAAAUCUACAGAGAAGCUGUUUACGUGUGCAGUGGCUCAGUCUCCUGUAACAGACUGGAAAAACUAUGCAUCCUUCUUCUCGGAGCGCUACCUUGGCAUGCCAGCGACCAAUGACAACAGAUACCAGCUGUCCAGUGUGCUGUCCAUUAUCAAAGGACUGCAGGACCAGAAACUCAUGAUUAUUCAUGGGACCGCUGAUGCUAAAGUGCACUUUCAGCAUUCAGCCGAGCUCAUUAAGCACUUAAUACAGUUCGGAGCCAACUACUCCAUGCAGAUCUACCCAGACGAAGGCCACGACCUGUCACUGAAGAGCCAGCGCCACCUGAGCGAGUCCCUGACCGGCUUCUUCCACACCUGCCUGCACCCCUGCCUGUCCCCGCUGCCUGUGGAGGAUGACGAGGAUGAAUGAUGAAGAACAGACACAGCCAACCAACACCACUGGAACUUUAACACACUGAGACCUAUGGGAGAGGUCUGACACAGACAAAAGAGACUGCCACAGAAGGGGAGUGUGUGUGUGUGUGUGUGUGUUUGUGUGUGUGUGUAAGAAAGACAGUGAAUAAGCAAGUAUGUGUGAAUUUUUGCUUGUGUGAGAGAGGUCGAAUGAGCGUGUGUGUGUUUGUGAAUGUGUGAGUGAUUCUGUGUGUGUAUUCUUAUUUGAAUGUGCAUGUUCCUUUCAUGUGUUGAAUGUAUGUAGAAUGAGUGUGUGUGUGUGUGUGAGUGCACGUGUGCGUGCGCGUGUGUGUAUGUAUUUGUAUGUUGUGUAUUGUUUUAUUGUAUUGGAAUUUGUGAGUUAUUUGAAGGAUGACUGGAAGCCUAUUAGUGGAAUAGCACAAGAGCCAGGCAGAAGAGCAAGUGACUGGACAUUUCCACACAUAUUACAAAAAAACUCACAUAUUGUACCAUGUGCUCACGCGUGUUUGCGAGUGUGUUAGCGCCUGUGUGUCUCUCAGCAAACAAUGGGAGAUUUCCACUUGUCAAAUGGGCCACUUAACAUUUCUGACAAAGCACAGACCUGCUUCCCUCUCUCUCUCUCUCUCUCUCCUUCUCCAGUAUUGACUUGGCUUCGCCAUUCACCCUAAAUGUUGGUACGGUAACUGCAUGUUUUGUUAGAACUAAUUUACCAGCAUUGAUCGGACUUGUGAUUCUGACCUUUGACCUCACUCCCACACUGGCCCUGACCCCCCUCCACAUCUAGGCGGCGAUUACACUGGAAAUUGUGAUGUGGUAGCGGCAAAUCAAAAUGCCACGCUCAGACCAUAAUAGUUCUAUGGCUACACAUUCUAUCUGGUUGCUAAGUGAUUAUUUUCUACUGUUGGUUUGUCAACGACGUUGUUGUCAUUUCAGACACCCCCACCCAUUUAAAAAUCGUACUGCUGAAAUGUUACAAGGGUAUGCUAAGCUAACAUUGACGAGUGUUGUGAUACUCUCCAACAGUUGAAUCAGGUUGAAUUCAAAUCAAGGCUCUGCUCCCAGUUGGCAAGCAUAAUGUUAGCAACGUUGUUAGCGACCAUUCUGCUGCUUAUCGAUAGUAAACAAGAGAACAUCCACUGCUUCUGCCACUACUGCCACAGGUCUGUGUGAUUGCCUCCUCAGAGUUCCGAUGCGGUAUGUACUUCAUAUUCUUUUCACAUCAACUAAACGAGUAUGGCUGUCGACAAGUGCAAUUUCCUCCUCCCCCCCCCCCCCCCCCCCCACCCCACUCACUGGAUGUUGGUAGAUAAUUCUCCCCUAACCCAGCUACAGUCAAUGUGUAAAUAUGUAUAUUUUAAAAUUGUUGGUGGCAGGGAAUUGAUAACUAGGGAUAAAUUAUAUUCGUUAUGUUUGUUGGGCUUUAAGUUUUCUGGUUUUUGUUAUUGUUUUUGUUUUGUUUUUUUGUUUUUUUCUUUCUUGAAGAUGGAUUUUGUAAAGGCUUGAGACUUCAUUUUGCCAUUCUUAAGCAAAGAGCUCAUGUGGGUGGGACUACUCGCUAUUGUCUGAUAGAGAUGAUUCAAAAUGAAUUAAACACACUUUGUGAAGUGAA